AUGCUGUAUUUUCAGCUUGUCAUCAUGGCUGGGACAGUGCUGCUUGCCUACUACUUCGAGUGCACUGACACCUUUCAGGUGCAUAUCCAAGGAUUCUUCUGUCAGGAUGGAGACUUAAUGAAGCCUUACCCGGGGACGGAGGAGGAGAGCUUCAUCAGCCCUCUGGUGCUCUACUGCGUUCUGGCUGCCACCCCAACUGCUAUUAUUUUCAUUGGUGAAAUAUCCAUGUAUUUUAUAAAGUCAACAAGGGAAUCCCUGAUUGCUGAGGAGAAAAUGAUCCUGACAGGGGACUGCUGCUACCUGAGCCCUUUACUCCGAAGGAUCAUCAGGUUCAUCGGGGUAUUUGCAUUUGGACUUUUUGCUACUGACAUUUUUGUAAACGCCGGGCAAGUGGUCACUGGUCACCUAACACCAUACUUCCUGACAGUGUGCCAGCCAAACUACACCAGUACAGACUGCCGGGCACACCACCAGUUCAUCAGCAAUGGCAACAUCUGCACCGGGGACCUGGAAGUGAUAGAAAAGGCUCGGAGGUCCUUUCCCUCCAAACACGCCGCUCUGAGCAUUUACUCCGCCUUAUAUGCCACGAUGUACAUCACAAGCACAAUCAGGACAAAGAGCAGUCGGCUGGCCAAGCCAGUGCUGUGCCUGGGAACCCUCUGUACAGCCUUCCUGACCGGCCUCAACCGGGUCUCCGAAUACCGGAACCACUGUUCAGACGUGAUUGCCGGCUUCAUCCUGGGCACCGCCGUGGCCCUGUUUUUGAUUCGUCUGAAUCGUCGUUCCCCAUGUCCCCACCUUCUAAGUAGCAAUCUUCCAAAGAAUCUGUCUGCUUCUUACUUUGAGAAAUAUGAUUGGCCAUGUUUCUUCAAAGAGUCAAGGAGAAUUCUGUCCCUCAUGGAAGUUGGUUAUGUUCUGCCCUCGAGCUCUCAGCUUGGUCACGAAGAUGGAUGA